GGACUCACUGUCAGUUGAUGACGUGGAACAUUAAGGACGGAAAACAUGGCGGCGCCCGCAAACCAGCACAGUAACAGUAACAACGUUGAUGUUUGUAAGCCCUCCUUAAUAAAUGAUAAUAAUUCUAGAACCAAGCAUGCAUCGGAGCACGGGAACUGCAUGGACCAUGUGGGUGAAGUGGUGGAGAGAGAAAUUGGUGGAGAUCUGAAAUCACUGAAGAACGUUAAGGGGCUUCUGGAGAAACUAACAGCAGAGAAUAAAGUGUUAGAGGAGCAGGUGGUGACUGUGUCGAGUUCAGUGCCUUUGCGCGUAUCAGCUGCACUCGCUGCUGCAGAGGAGUCUCGGUCCAAACUGGAGACGUUACUUCAGAGAGAGAGAAUCUUGUCCAACAUGCUCCAGCAGCAUCUCCAGGGAGCUCAGAGCUGGGCUGACAGUCUUGGACAAACUCUUGGAGAGCUAGACAUAUUGGAGAGACACAUGAAGUACCUCCAGUGGUUGUCUCGGAUUGAAGAGCUCAGUGACAGCAUUCAGCAGUUCCUAAUGACGAACAGUGUCUGGGACGCAAUCAAUGCAGUUGGCCACAUGGCCACUCUGGACAUGGGUCUUAAAGAGUCAGGCUGCACCCACCUCCAAGCAUUCCUCAGAGAAACAUUGAACUUCUGGCACAAGAUCCUGAAAGGCAAACUCUCAAGUGAUUUUGAGGAGGUGCUGACGCAGCUUCACUGGCCAAUUGUGUCUCCCCCGACGCAGUCUCUCUCUCCACUGGCCAAUGCACAGGAGCUCAACAGCCAAUUGGAUCUUCUUGUUUCUCAGCUUAUCUCCCUACAGACAUCUGAUGAUCUUAUAUCAGAGAAGAAGGAGGUGCCCAUCCUCCCCAGCCUUUCUCAGACACUUCCACUCUCACUUCCUGUUCAGAUCAUGCUGCAGCCUCUCAGUAAGAGGUUCAGAUAUCACUUUACUGGGAACAGGCAGACCAACUCACUUAACAAGCCAGAAUGGUAUCUGACUCAAGUCCUCAUGUGGAUGGGCCACAAUUCCAACUUCAUGGAGGAAAAGAUUCAGCCCAUUUUUGAUCGUGCUGGUGCAAAAGUCAAUGCAAAGGUGGAGCUGUGCAGAGGGCUUCUUUCUCUGGCACAUGAGAAACUGGCCCACGAUGCCCCGCGGCUGCUCUAUGAUGAUGCUCUCUUCUGCCACCUGGUGGAUGAGGUGCUGCAGUUUGAGAAGGAGCUGCGUUUGACACACGCCUUCCCUAGUAACUACCCUGGAGCCCUGCACAUACUUCUGGAGGAAAACAUCUUUCAGAAGUGGCUCAGUGUAGAGAGAAAGAUGGCACUAGAGAAGGUGGAUGCCAUGCUUUCUGCUGAGGGGGCCUGGAGCUCUCAAUACAAAGACAUCACUGAUAUGGAUGAGCUGAAAGCACCAGACUGUGCAGAGACCUUUAUGACAUUACUGCUUGUCAUCACAGAUCGAUAUCGUUCCCUGCCAUGCUCUCGAGCUCAACUGAGCUUCCUGGCUCUACAAAGAGAGCUGCUGGACGAUUUCCGUAUCCGUCUCACGCAAGUGAUGAAGGAAGAGUCCAGACAGCCACUGGGUGCCCGCUAUUGUGCCAUCUUAAAUGCUGCCAACUACAUGUCUACAGUUCUGACUGACUGGGGUGACAAUGUGUUCUUUCUGCAACUUCAGCAGGUAGCCGUGUCAGAGGGAGAUGAGGUGUUAGGGCCUUUUGGGGCCACAGAGAGUGGGCGCCUGGCCUCUCUGGAGGGCUCCCUUUUUGAAGAACUGCUUGCAUUACUUGAAAGACUGAAGGGAGAUAUGUUGGGCCGCCUGCUGGAUGCAGUUAUGAGAGACGUGAAGGAGAAAUCCCAGCCUUAUUGCAGGGACAGGUGGAUCUCUUUGCCAUCACAGUGUGACCAGGCUACCAUGUCCCUGUCUAGUUCUGCAUGUGCUAUGCUGCUGUGCCUGAGGGAUCACCUGCUCCAGCUGCAGCAACUGCUGUGCCUGCCUCUAUUCCAGAUGUUUUGGCAGGGCCUGGCUGAGCGGCUUGAUCUCUUCCUCUAUCAGGAUGUUAUCCUGUACAACCACUUCAAUGAAGGUGGUGCUACACAGCUCCAGUUUGACAUGACCAGAAACUUGUUUCCAUUGUUUGGACACUACUGCAAGAGACCAGAGAACUUUUUCAAACAUGUGAAGGAGGCCUGCAUCAUCUUGAAUCUGAAGGUCGGACCGGCUCUGUUGCUGUGUGAUGUUCUGAAGCAAAACGAGCAAUCAGAAGAAGGAGAGGUCUCUCUGAGACCCCAGCAGCCCACACCUGAGUCAGCUCUGAAUGAGCUAGGGGUGUAUAAGCUGGCACCAAGUGAUGCACAGAUCCUUCUGAAUCUGCGCUCUGCCUGGCUUAACCACUGAGGAAUGAAGCCUGACAGCAUCAUUGACUCAUCACAAAGACACACAGCUGGGCAAACGUUCUUACAAGCCUUCUGAUGAUUCAAAGUUUACAAAAACUACAGUAAGAAAUGAAACAGUUCUGAUAUUAAUGGGUUGGCGGUGUUUGACCAAUUCUCCACCUAAAUUAAUCUUUCCACCCAGUCUAAUCAUUGAAAGUCUGGAAAUGUUGAGAUUGCUGUUUUAAGCGAUCCAAAUAAUGUUAUCAGUAUAACUAUGUGAUGAGUGUGUCAUUUAAAACUAAUAAAUUCACAGUGGUUGUGAAUAA